CGAGGGGCUGACCGAAGCCCGCGAGCACUGCUAUUUGACGCUCUGUACAUUUGUGUUCUUCCCCCCAAGUUGCCGUCAGUGCCCACAACGCCUUGCUCGUCGUCGGCCCCGCUCUGCUCGCUUGUUACCGUCCUCGUGUAGAUAAGCGUUUUUAUUUUCUUCAUCCCUCUUCUUUUGCGACUUGCUCGCUAUCUUGCUCGGUGUCUGGAGACUGCCUCUUUCUUGUUUUUCAAAUUCCCAUCUGUCCUUCAUUUCUCUAGGCUUUCUUUUGUUAUAGAUGGCCACAGCUAACCGACAAUCUAAAACGCAACGAAAAGGUGCAACCAAUUCGGCUCAGCGUCCUCCAGCCUGGUCAGGCACGAGAGGUUCUCCCACUUUUUCGCCUGCGAAUCCUCCUCGCCCUACCACCAACUCGAGCAAUGUUCCCAACCAGAGCGCUGUCGCUGUCUCCUCUCCUCUUGCCCAAACGAAUGGAACUCGUUCAGAUAAUCCAAGUGACCGCGUUAUUCAGGCUCUCUCAGGGUUAACGGGCACAACGAUCACCUUGUUGACCAAGACCGGACAACGUUAUGAGGGUGUUAUUUUAUCAACGAAUAACGAAGGUGAUACUACUGGCGUUACACUCAAAGACGUCAAGGAAAUAUCCAUUACCGGAAGCCCUCUCAAAGACCAGCUCUUUAUUACAUCGACCAAUAUUGACACCUGGCAGUCUGGACCAGCCGAUGCUAAACUGACAAACGGCGACUCCUUCCGAACCGAUACUGAUAUAUCUUCAAGGAAGGUUGGCGGUACUGAACGUGAGCUACAAGCGUGGCAAGCGCCUGCCGAUAGCUCCAACAACGCCGGGGCAUCAGGAGGCCUCGGCGACGAUGUUACUUUCGGAGCUGUAGCGAAUGGCUCAUGGGAUCAGUUCGCUGUUAAUGAGAAGCUGUUCAAUAUCACCACCAGCUUUGAUGAAGACCUGUACACCACCAAACUCGAUCGCAAUGCUGCUGAUUACAAGGAGAGGGAACGGAAAGCUCAGAAAAUUGCGAAUGAGAUCAUUAGUGCGACGACAUCCAAUUCUCACGUCGCGGAAGAGCGGAAUCAAGCGGAUGACAGUGGUAUCAACGAGGAAGACAAAUAUGGUGCUGUCGUUCGAGGUGCCAACGCCUACGUACCACCAGGUGCUAGGAAGACAGGCGCGGCUCCGGCAAAUGCCCCAAAGGCAGACGUGCCCAAGGUUUCAGUCAAUGCCCCUGAUGGCGCUGCUGUUUCAUCGCAAACAGACGCAUCAGCGUCAUCGUCGAAAGGAACAUCGCCUUCGCCUGCUCCCUCAAACUCGAAGCCACCUGCAGAUCCUUUACCUGCUUUCCGGGACUUUGUUACCAAUGAAAAACAAAGACUGACGCAGAAGAGGCAGGCAUUGGUAAAGAGUGAGAUGGACAAGAGAAUGGCAGAUUUGGUCAAAUUCAGCCAGAGUUUCAAGCUCAACAAGCCCAUUCCAGAGGAUUUGGUUUCGAUAUUGGCCAAAGACGAGGACAAGCAGAAGCAGAUAAGAGAGAAGUCCUCCAAGGACGCCUCUUCGACUCAGGCGCGUCAGAUUGGUCCCUCCAGCACCACUCAGCAAAUUCCUGCCCGUGGACCACAGCUCACAAGUGCCAAAGUCAUGGAAGCCGUUCGUAAACCCACUGCAAAUACUGCUGCUGCCCCAGGUCCUGCCAAGGCCACUGUCGCAAAUUCCAAAACGGAGUCGAGCAAGCCUCAAAAACCGGCCAUGUAUAUUCAACCUAUUCCAGCAUUCAGGGGAUCGAAGACAAAACAAAAUUCGCAGGCGCCUACGACAAACGGUGCUACGCCUCCGACGACUCAGUCUACAACGAAAUCUACAUCACCUAGUCCUGCAACCAAUGCGGCAGCGGCAGCAGCGGCGGCCAAUAAUAGGUUGAAUGUCAACGCAUCUUCGUUUAGACCAAACCCCAAGGGUGUCGCAUCUCCCAGCACAUCGACACAGACUCUUGCAUCCGCUUCCGCAUCACCCAAGCCCAAGGAAGCUGUAGUUGCUGGUCCUACUACCCCGAACCAAUUCUUUGGAUCGCGACCAGUUAAGAAGGGUCUACCUGUUAAUGUCAAGGAUGAUUUCAAUCCUUUCAAGACCGGAAAGGUUACAGAUGCCCACGCUGUUUCUGGUAUUUGGCCUUACACCGGCAAACGUUACAUGCAAAUGUUCCCUGCUCCCCAGCAUCCCCCUCAACAACACUCGCCUCACAUGGCUCCUCCCAUGGCCCCUGCUAUCCCUCCUCCUUCGUACGAAGAGGACUCUGCGGCGCAAGCGGCAGCACGCGGAUAUAUGUACUACCCACCCUAUUAUCCCGGACAGCCUAUGAUGCCUGGUAUGCCACCCCCUGGUCCGCCAGGUGCCUUUAUGCCAUCACCAUAUAUGCAACCUAUGCCUUAUCCUCCCGGUAUGCCUCCACCAAAUGCAAUGUAUGGCCCUCCCCCUGGAAUGGGACAAAUGCCGCCCGGUGCCUACAUGGCUCCACCUCCACCUCCAGGAACUUAUCCACCUCCGCCCAACGGUGCAGGACCCAGACCAUCUAUGCCCCCGACACCUAUUCCAGCACAUGCCCAUCCCUACUAUCAUCAUAGCCCCCAACUUCAACAUGCAGUUCCUUAUCCGAUGAUGAUGCCUCCUCCCAACGUACCGCACCCGUAUGAAGGUGCACCAGCGCCCCCGGUGCAGAUGGGCGGACAUGCAUAGUGCCCUAAAAUGCAUGGGGGCCAAAGGAUCGUCCGCGCGAGAGGGUGGUUUGACCGUUCCGUAUCUCGUAUGGCCUUGGGCGCAUUUUAGGGUUGGGUGGACUACCCCGUAACACUGUUGUUGUGUCGUUUGCUGUUGUUUUCAAUCUGUUUUCACCUGAUUUGAGUCCUCUUCUGUCUCUUUCCCUCCUUUUGUGGUUCCCUUUCAAUUCGACACCCAUCCACCCACCAUUAUCAGGCCAGAGGAUUGGAAUGUAGUUUGUAGCUAGUCUGCCUCCCUUAUCAUUAGUAGUCAUGAUGUUGUGGAUUACUGGAAACAGUACAAUACUACACCUGUCCAGAUAUAGCUAAGAAAGACAGUCGUAAAAGCAAAAAAGGAAGGAAUGUAAUGAGUGCAGCGGUCGCUAUCGAAGGCAGGACAUUUCGACCUUCUUGAGUAAACCUUUCAGCGUGCCACCCGCACGAUUA